CGCUUCCCUGCCCAGCUCCCGGAGAAGCUGGGGGCUUUGCGCCACCCAUCGAGAGGAACGGAUGACCAGGGGAACAUGUCAGGUUGUUUAUACAUUGACAGUAAGUUUUUUUCCCCUCCCUGUUCCGGAAAUAGCGGCUGCAUUGGUUCAAUAUUCGAGCGAACCAUUUCGUGGAGGAAAUCAGCAGUAGCAUAGGACUCAGUCUAUGAUCACCUCCACAUACCUGGUUCAAUAUUCACAGCCGUUGUGGGACAUUUUCUACCCGAUGGGGAUACAUUUUUACCGUCUUAACCCUCUUAUUUCUUAUAGAAAAAUAUAUUUGAGUCAUAUUCAAUCUUUUUUUGGCGUUGUUCACCGUGUUCCGACUUGGAUUUAAAUGCUGAUGUACAUCGUGCGAAAGCAGACACGGGGUUCUCGCGUGUUUUUAGGUUGCUUUAUUUCCUGCUACGUUUCCGAGAAAGCAAAUGAAAAGGAUUGUUUUUUUUUUUAUCUCGACAUGGUUUGUGGAGAUGUAUGGAAUCGAUUAUUCGUGGACCGACGAGAGUCUUUACAACAAGGAAAUAAUAUAGACGCGAAGAAGGACAACAUUUUUUAAUAGGUAACCAUGGACUGGCGCUCGGGAUGCUACAGUGACGGACAAUAAAGACAUUAAGGACGUUAAAACAACAUCCCCCACUCUUACAUCUGAUCUUCCGUACCUCUACCUUUUUUUCCCCUUUUUGGAUUAUGAUUCUUGGCAAGAAACCCGGAUGUGACUGUUUUGAUGGGAUGUCAAUGUAUUUUACGUCCUAUUAUCUAUUUCUUGCCUCUGUUUUGCUCUCUCUUUCACUUUUCCAUUCUCUCGCAGUUUUCUGCUUUGGGUAGCAAAAAUAUGUAGGACCUUAAGUAAGCUGACUGAAUUUGAGAAAAAGGUGUAAUUGAGUGCCACAGCGAGGAAAUGAAGAGUGGAGGCCCAAAACCGUACGGGUUGUAAUGUUUGGGGUGCGUAGGAAGAUGGAUUUAGAUAGCGUUUGCUGAUUUGUUUAAGUAAUGAAUAGUGAAAGUGUGUGUCAUUCAGCUAAAGAUCUUUCGUCCGCAUUGCCUAAGACGCACAUGCCAACAGAAAGGCGAGAGCCCUUUCUCUUAAAGAUAAUAGCUGUGGUGUGAUAACAAAUGCAACAAAAAUAAUGAUUGUAUCAGGUAUAUGAAUAAUAAUAAUAAUAAUAAUAAUAACAACAACAACAAUAAUAAUAAUAAUCAUAAUAAUAAUGUCCGUCUGAGGGAUUCUUUGUUUAGCCAAACAUGUUCAAAUAUCGGAUACGCAUGCUUUUCAACGAACUGAAAGUCCUGGUGUUUAUGCGAUCCGAUUCAAGACAGUCCAGCUCGGACAUAGAUAGACGAUCCACUACCAUGCGAGAUCUGGGGGUGGGCGGAUGCGGCUGGCCGCCGUUCGUCAACUGCCAUUCCCAGGAUGAUGAGGAGGAAUACUACGGUAGCGACCCGCGACCCCGAAGCCUGGCGUUUGAGGACAAGGAGCCCAAGCUGCAAGUGGGCCUGGACGCCGUAUCCCUUACCAGCACCACCAGCAGCCUGCGGACCCCCCAGUGCCGGAUCUGUUUCCAAGGCCCCGAGCAGGGAGAACUAUUGAGCCCCUGUCGUUGUGAUGGUUCUGUGCGCUGCACCCAUCAACCUUGUCUAAUCCGUUGGAUAAGUGAAAGAGGUUCUUGGAGCUGUGAACUCUGCUACUUCAAGUAUCAGGUCCUUGCCAUCAGCACAAAGAAUCCACUGCAGUGGCAAGCGAUCUCCCUGACGGUGAUUGAGAAGGUGCAGAUAGCAGCCAUAAUUCUGGGCUCCCUGUUCCUCAUUGCCAGCAUUUCAUGGCUAAUCUGGUCCUCACUCAGCCCAUCUGCCAAGUGGCAACGACAGGACCUGCUCUUCCAAAUCUGCUAUGGCAUGUAUGGCUUCAUGGAUAUCGUCUGCAUAGGUCUCAUCAUCCAUGAGGGAUCAUCGGUGUACCGUAUAUUCAAAAGAUGGCAGGCUGUCAAUCAGCAGUGGAAAGUGCUGAACUACGAAAAAUCAAAAGACUUGGGCGACCCAGUGAGUUCAAGCAGUAAAACUGGCCCCCGAGGCUCCCGUGGCAACCCUCACAUUUUAGCCAGUAGCAGUGGCGGCCAGCAGAGCAGGAGGCUAAGAACUAUUUUGAACCACCACUGUGGAUACACCAUAUUGCACAUCCUGAGCCAACUGAGGCCAAGUGACCCUCGGAUGAGUACUGCCGCCAGCCGGGAGGUAGUAAUGAGGGUCACCACUGUAUGAGGUGGAUGAAGCAUAUCACUGGCUAAGACAACAUCUAUUUGACUGACGUUAAUGUGUGGAAGGACCGAAAGUCCUAAUAAUUGAUACUAAACAUUCAUGCUGGCAACAAAAGCGUGAUAGGAGCUAAAUGAUGCCUGGAGCAUCAGCGGACUGAUCAUAAGUGAAGAUCAUUUUUCUUUUUUUGAGCAACAAAAGAAAGCUGGAUACUCAUUUUCAGUACAAAAAAAAAAGAAAAUAAGAAGAGAAAAGAGUAAAAAGACAUUAAACAUAGAACUUUAAGGGGUGGGACGUGUGUUGGGGAUGGUGGGGUUUCAGUGCAGUACAUAUCUGAAUACACAAACACAUUUGUGUUAAUCCUUCCAGUUUUGUUUAUAUCUCUGCUCCUCUUGUUGUAUUUUCAUUCAUCUAUUUUUUUACUUAAAUUAGGUUUGUAUGGAUGUAUGAUUGAAAAGCAGGCCAUGCAAAAUGUUUCCAAAAAAAGUACAAUUAUCUUAAAAUUUGUGAAAGUCAACUAAUGUUGCUAAAUAGACUGGAAACUGAGAAAAAAGAUGGAUUUAUUUGUUUUCUCACACAAACAGUGAUGUAUUAAAAGUUAAACAUUUUUAAAACUAAUGAUAAAUAUGAAUGAAUUUAUUAAAUUUAGUUUACAGUUUUUUGCAAUAAAGAUAUGUAUGUACAUUUUAACAGGGAAUUUUGCAUGCAUAUAUGAUUUUAUUCAUCACAUAACAUAAGCACAUGAUAAAUAUGUUCUAU